GUGAAGGCAGCGCCUGUCUGAACCUGCGGAUGUUGACCGGCAGAAAGGUGAAGGUAGCUUCCCCUAUCGGCUCUUUUCUCCGUGCACAAGCCUUGACAAGCAGAUUUGUUUUUGCAAUGUUGGUGAGGAUGGCCGUUGCUCAUAUGUAAAGUCACCGUGAGAGGCACUGCCAUGUUGCCUGGAGUUGGUGUGUUUGGCACAGGGAGCACAGCCCGAGUGCUGGUUCCAUUGUUGCAAGCUGAGGGUUUUGAAGUUCAUGCACUUUGGGGACGAAGUGAAGAUGAAGCAUGCUGCCUUGCAAAUGAACUUGGUAUCCCAUUCCAUACCAGCCGAUCCGAUGACGUCCUCCUGCACCAAGAUGUCGAUCUUGUUUGCAUCUAUAUUCCGCCUUCAAUGACAAGACAGAUUGCAGUUAAAGCACUGGGUAUAGGUAAGAAUGUCUUGUGUGAGAAAGCUGCAACUGCUGUGGAUUCAUUCAAAAUGGUAACUGCAGCCAGAUAUUACCCCCAGCUUCUCAGCAUUAUGGGUAAUACGCUGCGCUUCCUACCAGCCUUUGUUGCAAUGCGCCAGCGACUGAUGGAAGGAUAUGUUGGUGAUAUCCAGGUGUGUGACGUUCGUGUUUACGGCCCAAGCCUUCUGGAUCAGUCGUACGGUUGGACUUGUGAGGAGCUUAUGGGAGGAGGUGGACUGCACACUGUGGGCUCCGCCAUCAUUGACCUCUUAAGUUACCUGACUGGCACUCGAGCUCAUCGGGUGCAUGGUUUGCUGCGGACAUUUGUACAACAAAACAGCUUGAUCCGAGGCAUCCGCCGCGUCACCAGCGAUGACUUUUGCUUCUUCCAAAUGUUGAUGGGUGGAACUGGAUCCAGUGGAGUGUGUUGCACUGUGACCCUGAACUUCAACAUGCCAGGGUCAUAUGUCCAUGAGGUGAUGGUAGUUGGAUCCACUGGGAGGUUGGUUGUCAGGGGCAUGGAACUCUACGGUCAACGCAGUGGGAGUAACAGUGAGGAGCUGUUGCUAGACAGUAAUGGAUGCGUAGGGGCAGAGGUAAAAGAGAUGCCCCUGCCCCACCUGCAGGGCCUGAGCUCCAUGGUGAAGGCGCUGAGACAGUCAUUUCAGGCCCACGAAGAACGCCGGUGUUGGGAUCGUGGACCAGUUGCUACGGCACCAACAUUUGAGGAUGGUCUGUAUGUACAGACGGUGGUUGAGGCGGUGAAACGGUCGAGCUGUAGUGGAGAAUGGGUGUGUGUUGAGAUUAUGAGUCAGGAACCAGAUCCAAACCACAACCUGUGUGAGGCUCUACAGAGAAACAAAAACUGAAUUAAUUUAUUCACUCAGUGCAAAAACUACAUGUGACAGAACAGAGGUUUGAAUGUUUCUCUUUUAUUCAGCUGCUUCAGUUGUUUACAUCGCUCUCGACUACUUCGUAAUCUUGCAAAACUAUUUUAUUCAAAAGAACACAACUGUAUUUUCUACUUGCCCCCACGCAGUUGUGAUUUAUCAGUACACUACAUUUCUAAACAACAGCUCCAUUAUUUGGAUUCACAUAAGAAAAUUAUGUUGGUUUAUUCAAAAGUAAAUUGACAUUACAGUGCUGCAGAUGCUGUCUUUAUUCUCAAUGUCAUUUAAAGUUAAGCCAUAUUAAUAAACAUGAUCUGUCAGUACUGCAUUUACAUGAAGUAUCGGCCCGUGGUCUAAUGAACUAAUCAGAUAGAGAUACUAUACAUAAUUUUUUAAGUUUUUUUUACUAUACAUAAUUGUAUGAAUUAAUAUUUACACUUAAUUUUAGGCCAAGACCAGUUUUCGAGGGUUUCUGUUCUUUUGUAAAUUGGCAACCAAGCAGUUGACUGCUUCACAUUUUGUUGAAACCGCUAAUUACUGUAGAUUACAGCCAAACAGCAACAUCUGCAUCAUGAUGAUAAAAAUUGAAUGUUAGUCUUUAUACACACCAGUGGCCCCGUAUUCCAAUAACUAGUGUUUUGCCCUGGUAUGAAUAUGAAAACAGAAUACUUCAUGUGACUGAUAAGAAUGUAAAAUUACUUUCAGUUGGAUCUAAACCCAUUUAAAACAAGAAUGAUGGAGCUGUGCAAAGUUUACUUUUUUGUUUUGUGUGUUACAUAGCUGUAAGGAUUGCAGGAAUGGAUAGUAAUAAAAAAAAAUGUUAUGGCAAUCCAUAACAGACACAAAAUGUCAGGGUUUGAGUAAAAUAAGCUAUGUAGAGAAUAGAAUAAGUAAUUUGUAGCAUUGUUUUUCAAAAAGGCAAAAAUUUUGAUUUUAAGUGUUUCAUUUGAAUUGCAGUCUCCUGUAAGCUAGAAAACAGGCUGUAGUUUGCAGAUCCCUCCACGGUUUAUACGCAGAGCGGCUGCAAACGCCCACUCUGACCCAUGUAAACCUCCUGAAAUUAUUACAUCAUCUGUUCGCUUGACAUGUUCUGUAGUGUCAUCAAUAUGUACUACUUCCAGAUAACUAAAUCGCCAAAAUACUGUUUAAGAAAAGAGUGACUAGUGCAACACACAUACCAUGUUUUUGGUAAAAUAUUGUGUUAAAGAGGAAUUGAAGCAAAGGAUUAAGCUUCGUGUAGGUUUUUUUUGCAGAUGCUCCCUUUUCUCCACUUUAAAAACAUUCCACCAGCCUUGAUCCGUUUAACUAUUGCAACUUUUUGGAAGGAUGUAGUUUUUAACAGCCUCCUGUAAGGCUCACACAUGGUCAGCAUCUGAUGUUUAAAAGAAGAGAUUUUAGAUAAACAGCAAAAGAAGGGUUUUUAGUAUCAGAUUAAGGCUGUUUGGAAACUAAAUUUGAAAUUGAUGUGGAAAAAUUGGUUUACAUUUAUUAGUCACUAAAGUCAGUUUUCAAGAUUAGUCUGUCGCAAUAAAAUGUUUGCAGAGAUGAAAGUCACAAAUGUUUUAGGCCAGCAUCCACUAUUUAACACCAGUCUAAAACUGUACAGAUCUUUCCAUCGAGUAUAACCACUGGAUUUGACUUGCAUGAGUGUAAUGAAUGCCUUAACAAUUUACACUUGUUACAGUCACACGGUGCAUGUCACCUCUAAGUGCGCUCAGUAACUGGUAUUCUCACUGUUCCUGCUGAGGUCAGGUAAAUGAAGUGAGUCCUUGUUUGAUUUGAUUGAUCAGUUCACUUCUUCUGCCCAUGCAGGAUCUGUAAAUAAUUACACAUACAUGUUACAUGCUUACCUCACAUUAUCCAAGCUGUGCUUUACAAAAAGACAAUUUAGUUUACAAUAAGUGUCUUUAUAAAACACAUCACAUUCAUUUGCAGGUCAUCAUUAUUAAAUUACAUUCCAGCAGAGUUUUUACUAACUCAUCAGCAGUUUGUCUUUGCACUGAUAAGAUGCAACAAACAUACAGUUUAAUGCUUGCACCAGCCAGCUUGCUGCAAAGGUGAAUCUACCUUUCGUAAGAGGAAGACUUUGUAUUUAUUUAUAAGUUGGUGUGCAGAAAGUUUGCCAUUGUUUGUUCGGUCUAGUGUUUAUGUUUCAGCCUGUGAAUUUCUGUUAAAAGCUGUAGUAUUUAUCUUUUUUUCUUUUCUUUUUUUUUAAUUUAGAUUUAAUAUUUUGAGUGAUAAUUGCAAUUUGAGCACUAAUUUGCUGCUUUAAAGUUG